UUCAGUUCUCAGCGCUCUGGCUUUACACGUUCUUUUUAUCAUCGCUUUUGUUUUAAACAGUUCAUCUGGCGUCCAACUUUAUAAAAGUUGUAAAUAUUCCGACUAUUUGUUAAAGAGUUCUGUGAAUUUACAUAAAAUGUCCGCGAGUUUUGUGCCAGUGCCCGCAGGCAGUGAUUUUCCAUUGGAAAAUCUGCCAUAUGCCGUUUUCUCCACAAAAACAAAUCCCACUCAUCGCUUGUGUGUGGCCAUUGGCGAACAUGUGCUGGAUCUAAAAGCUGUGGCACAUUUGUUCCCAGCUUCCUUACAGGAUGCUUUGCAGGCGCCAACUUUGAACUUACUCAUGAGCUUGGGUCACGAAGCCUGGGCUGCGGUUAGAGCGCAAAUUCAAAAGCUACUGCUGAAAGGCUCUGAGGUAGAACAAAAUGUGGACUUGAGAAACGCCGCUUUAGUAGCACAAUCAGAAAUUUCGCUGCAUUUGCCUGCCCAAAUUGGCGACUAUACGGACUUUUACUCAUCGAUACAUCAUGCUACCAAUGUGGGCAUCAUGUUUCGAGGUGCUGACAAUGCUUUAAUGCCCAACUGGCGCCAUCUGCCGGUGGGCUAUCAUGGUCGCGCUAGCUCUGUAGUGGUGUCUGGCACGCCCAUUCGCCGUCCACUGGGACAAACGAUGCCGGAGGGAGCGGAGAAACCUGUCUUCGGUGCCUGCAAGCUGCUAGACUUUGAGCUUGAGAUGGCCUUCUUUAUUGGUGGUCCUGGCAAUAAGAUGGGUGAGCCCAUUAAGGUGGAUGAUGCCUGGCAAAAUGUGUUUGGCUUUACGCUGAUGAACGACUGGAGUGCACGUGAUAUACAGAAAUGGGAAUAUGUGCCUUUGGGUCCAUUUACUGCCAAGAACAUGGGCACUACAAUAUCACCCUGGGUGGUGACAACAGCAGCGCUGAAGCCAUUCCUUCUAGACAAUUUCCCACAGGAGCCGGAGGUGCUGCCCUAUUUGCGCCAAAGCUUGCCUUUUAACUUCGAUAUUAAUUUGGAGGUGUCGCUGAAACCUGACAAUGAUGUGGAGACGCUCAUUAGCAAGUCCAACUUUAAGCAUUUGUACUGGACACCACUGCAGCAAAUUGCUCAUCACACAAUUACGGGCUGCAAUUUACGUCCCGGUGACUUGAUGGCCUCCGGCACCAUUAGCGGUGAGACGCCAGACUCUUAUGGCUCCAUGCUGGAGCUUUGCUGGCGCGGCAGCAAGACUGUAGAGCUGCAAGGCGGUAAAACGCGUAAAUUCCUGCAGGACUACGAUGAGGUCAUCAUACGUGGACAUUGUGAAAAGAAUGGUCUGCGCAUUGGCUUUGGCAGCUGUGCCGGUCAAGUGCUGCCCGCUCUAACAUUGUAAAUUUAUCAAUGGAAAAAUAAAGCAAUUGUACCACUGUACUAAAAGC